UAUAUUUAUAGAGUAUAUCAGCAUUUCUUUUACAUAAAUGGAUUCAAAUUAAAUAGAGAUACUUACAUGUUGUUAUCUUAUGACAUAUUAUAUUUUAUUAUAUAACUUAUCUUGUUAACAAGUAUGAGUGCUCUUGAUUUAAAAGAACAAGGUAACAGAUUAUUUGCUGCACGAAGUUAUGAUGAUGCUAUUGGUUGUUAUACAAAAGCCAUUAUCAAAGACCCAUCAGCUGGAUCCUACUACACUAAUCGUGCACUUUGUUAUCUUAAAUUAAAAAAAUGGAAACUCGCUAUUGCAGACAGUCAACAUGCAAUCGACAUUGAUCCAAAAAAUGUUAAAGCUCAUUUUUUUAUAGGUCAAGCUUAUAUGGAAAAUAAUUCUUUUGAUGAAGCAAUUACAAAUUUUCAAAUUGCGUAUGACUUGGCAAAAGAGCAGAAAUUGAAUUUUGGUGAUGAUAUUGCUUCAUCAUUACGAGCUGCAAAGAAAAAGCGAUGGUCGUUGUUAGAAGAAAAAAGAAUUCAAGAAGAAAUUGAGUUACAAUCCUAUUUGCAAAGACUAAUACUUGAAGAAAAAGAAAGAAAACUUCAAACAGUUGUUGAAGGAAGUGAAAAUGCCUCUCUGAUUGAGGCUGACACUAAAAAGCGUUUGUUAGAAUUAAAUAGUUUGUUUGCACAAGUAGAUGAAAGAAGACAGAAACGAGAUGUUCCUGAUCAACUUUGUGGAAAAAUAAGCUUUGAAAUAAUGAAGGAUCCUGUAAUAACACCUAGUGGAAUAACAUAUGACAGAAAAGAUAUAGAAGAACAUUUGCAGCGUGUUGGCCAUUUCGACCCUGUCACACGAGCGCCAUUAAACGUCAAUCAGCUUAUACCAAAUCUUGCAAUGAAAGAAGUUGUCGAAGAAUUUCUAGAAAAAAACGAAUGGGCAGAAUAUUAUUAAACAAAGUAAUAAUUUGCACGCAGAGAUUGAAAAUUAGUGAGAAGAUUUGUAAUCAGCGGUUAUUUAUCACGGUCUGAUAGCUAGUUUGGUUUUAAUUAGCUUUAACAAAACAGUAAUAAUUAAAACCUUGACAAUAACAUAGAACAGUCACAUUUUCUCUUUAAAGGGAAUAAUUGGUAUUUAUUUUGGUUCUUAAAGUCUUUUUGUGUUUUUAUGUUUCAUAUUGAUUAUGUUUUUUUUUUUUUUUUUUUUUUUUUUUUUUUUUUUGAUUAUUUAAUUUUCCAUCAAAGUAUAAUCAGUAUAAUAAUUGCAAUUUUUCAUUAUGACGUACUUAUGACGUACUGGUUUUUUGUAAUGAAAUUAGAAUAUACUGGUUUUUUGUAAUAAAAGCUACUUUGUGUAUAAAGUUGAACAAUACAAUCACUUGAACAUUUCUACAAUUUGUUAUGCAAACUUUAAGCAACUACCUUGUUGAUAUUUUAUAUAUGCAAGAAAAAUUUAUAUAUAAUUCUUUUUCUAA